AUGAUUUAUUUACUUCUUCAGCUUCAAUCUCUGUAUCUUGUUUAUUCUCUAUUUGAUUCACAUGAGCUUUCUUUUUUUUUUAGUCCUUUGUCGCUGCAGUAUUAUCUGAUUCUUCUUCGCUGCAUCUAUGAUUUAUUUGAAUUCAUUAUGUCCUUUGUCGCUGCAGUUCUCUAUUUGAUUGCAUUGAAUUUCUUCUUUUCUUUUUUUCGUGAAUUUGUUCUUUUUGUCGUUGUCGCUGUAGUUGCAAUUUUUAUUUGCACUUCUUCAAUAUUCUUAUGCGUUUGCUUUCUUUUUCCGUCCUUUGUCGCUACUAUUAUUAUUAUUAUUAUUAUUAUUAUUAGCGUCUUUCUUCGCCACCGCCUUCUUGGCUACCUUCGUCUUUCCUUUCUACAUCUCCUUUCUCUUCUCACUCAUUAUUAUUAUUAUUAUUAUCGCCAUUUUUCUCGUCGUCUUUUUGGCUACGUUUUUCUUCUCCUUCUACAUCUCCUUUUUCUUCUCACAAUUAUUAUUAUUAUUAUUAAUGUCCUUCUUCGCCGUCUUCUUCUUUGCUGCCUUCGUCUUCUCCAUCUACGACAUAUUGCCUCCUUUAUUCAUUUCUUCUCAAAUUUCUGCCUCGGACUAUUGCUUUGUUCGUCACUUUUUUCUUUCAGAAAAUCUUGUCGUCUUCUUGACAUUGUUCAAUUCCCUCGUCUUUUUCUUUCGCCUAUAAUUUCUUUCCUUUUUUUUUAUUCAGUCGCCAUUUUUUUCCCCCCUCUUAUUCUUCUACUAAAUCUCUUCCCUUUCUCUUUCCUCUAUUGCUUCACGCCUACCUUUUCUACCACUCCUUUACGUCUUUCGUUUUCUCCCUAUUUCUACUCCUCUAAUUCUUUUACUACUACUACCACUACUCUCCUUUCUCCUCUUCCUACUGUCUCUUUUCUCUUCCUUUUUCUUUUUCAUCUUCUGCUACCUCUUCUCCUCCUUCUUCUACUGCCCCUGCUCCUCUAUCUUCGUACUCGUUUACUACUGUGCGAACUGCUGCUCUUCCUACUCCUUCCUCUCGUUUUCUUCCUCCUUCUUACUGCACUCCACUUCCCUCUCCUUUUUCACCUCCUCCUUCUUCUAUACCAUGUUUUUUUUUUAUUCUGGUGCUGCUCCUCUUCUUCCUCCUACUCUUUCAGUUCUUUAAGCUCUUCCUUGUUCUCUUUGCCAUCCGCUUCUCCAUUUUCACCUUUUCAUAUUUCUUCUUCAUGUAUUUUAUUCACUCUUUUCUACGUUCUUUUUAUUUAUUUAUUUAUUUUUUCUUGGUUUUCGUUUAUUUACUCUAAUAUUUGUCUUCACUUUCUUCUUUUGUUUCGUCUCAUGCUUUUCUACUUCUUCCUCUUUUCUCUUCUCUUCUAUCUUUACCUCCUUCUCCUUUUUCCCUCCCCUGUCUUUUCUUUUCUUCCUAUUUCUCGUAUCUAUUCUUCUUCUUCUUCUUCUUCUUCUUCUUCUUCUUCUUCUUCUUCUUCUUCUUCUUCUUCUUCUUCUUCUUCUUCACCUCCUUCUAUUUUCGUUUCGUUUCUUUUUCUGCCCGUCUCCUCCUCUUCUGGAACUCUUUCCUUUUUAAUCCGACCUGAUUUUUUGUUCUUUCCUCCUCCUCCACUCCUCCUCCUCCUCAUCAUCAUCAUCCUCAUCCUCCUCCUUUUCUUCUUCUUCUUCUUCACCUCCUCUUCCUCCUCCUCCUUCUUCUUCUUCACCUCCUCCUCCUCCUCCUCCACGUUCUUCUUCUUCUUCACCUCAUUCUAG